CGUACGUGGCUGCUCAUCUGAGUUAAAAGGCGUAGUAUUUUUUGGACGUUCCUAUGUCACUGGUGUUGUAAGAUUGUCUUAAGUAGUUUGAAUAACUGUACCAAAGCCAUUCUGAGCACUGAAGCUCCUGCCUAUGCUAAAAGGGUAUGAUAAGAAAAUUUCUUUAGCAGAUCUGCCACGAUGAAACAGCCAACUUCACCGCCGCCAACACAGCCUCAGUCGCCAUACCAUUUUGAUUCCAGUGUGUCGCCCCUGCCACCUCCCAUCACACAUGGAGCCAGCUGUCUAUCAGCAGCUGCCAAGCGGUACAAGUACCUGCGGCGCGUGAUCCACUUCAGCCAGAUGGACUUUGAGUUUGCGCUCUGGCAGAUGUUAUAUCUCUUCAUCGCGCCCCAGAAGGUCUACAGGGAUUUCCAUUACAGGAAGCAGACGAAGGCGCAGUUCGCCAGGGACGACCCGGCCUUCCUGGUGCUGCUCAGCGGCUGGAUCAUUGUGUCGUCGGCCUGCUUCGCGCUGGUGCUGCGACUGGGCGUGGGCGGCUUCCUGGUGUUCCUGUUGUACGUGUUCACCGUGGACACGCUGCUGAUCGGCGCCGUCAUCGCCACAGCGCUCUGGCUGCUGAGUAACCGGUACCUGCGCCACUCGCCGGACACUGGCCAGGACGUGGAGUGGGGCUUCUCGUUUGACGUCCAUCUCAACGCGUUCUUCCCGUCGCUCAUCAUCCUGCACAUCGUUCAGAUACUACUCUACAGAGCGUUCCUGGUGCAAGACGGUUUCCUUUCCCAUCUGGUUGGGAAUGUACUGUGGACGGUGGCCAUUGGGUACUACAUCUACAUCACGUUCUUGGGUUAUAGUGCGCUGCCGUUCCUGAAGAACACGCGGGUGUUCCUGUACCCGCUGACGCUGCUGGCGCUGAUGUUCGUGGCCGUGACGGCCAGCGGCGUCAACCUCAGCCGCACACUGAUGGAGUUCUACCGGUACCGCGUGCUGGCCAGCUCCAACUGGCUGUGAUGGUCCGGACUGGGGCCGGGGACUGGACCCUUGGGGAGCGGAGGCCGCCCUCUGACGGGCGCGGACCUGCUGUGUGGUGACGUGCAAGUGAUGGGCGCUGGGCCGCGGGCGUGCGGCGCCUGGCGGUGAUGGCGGGACGUUGUGCACCACGCGUCGCGUUUGUUAUGUUCAAGGCCACUGUUGGUGGGUGAUGCGCAUCGUUUAGCUGUGAGUCACGUUAUUUUCUGUAUGAUAUCGACACUUUCGACACUGUGCUGGUUAUCCAGAGUGCUGCGAAUAUCUAAUACAGUCCUCUUUACUA